UCAUUUGUUGAUUUAGGAUGUGGAAAUGGUUUGUUGACCUUUCUGCUUACAUCUGAGGGACAUGAAGGAAUGGGUAUUGAUGUGCGAAAAAGAAAAAUAUGGGAUGUGUUUCAAAAUAAAGGAGCUAAUUUGUUAG